GGGGGUUGGAAGGAAGACAGCAGGACGAGAGAAGUAUUCCAGUCGGUGGUCAACCGUGUUCGAUUAAAUAAGUAACGUCUGUUUUGUUCGGCUUUAUGACACGUUUAAUAUAUUCUUUCUUUAAAGACACCAAAGUCAAAAACAGACACUACCAAAAGACAGCUUCUAACUUAUUUCUUAUUUUUUAAAUGUAAAAAACAAAUAGGUGUUAAGAGAGAAAGAGAGAGAGAGAGAGAGAGAGAGAGAGAAAGAGGAAAUCCGUAGUGUAGUGGGAAUAACAGUAUCGAAACAGGUAGAGCAAGAGGUACGGCAAGGAAUAAUCAAAAUGUCGAGCGAAAAGAGAAUCGACAUUGAAAAACCAUACUGGGAUCAAAGUACUUAUCGUGGAAGGGCUUUACACUUUCUGACAGUCACUAAUCCUUUGAAUCUUUUCGCAUCUAACAAAGCGCUCGAGCGUGCUCGAAAUAUCGUCACGAGAUACAGGAACGGAGAGACUCUCGCGGAACUAAGUAUCAACGAAGAAGAGCUAUGGAAACAAAAAUAUUUGUUCGACAGCGCUUAUCACCCGGACACUGGUGAAAAAAUGAUAUUAAUUGGUCGUAUGAGCGCCCAAGUGCCGAUGAACAUGACUAUAACUGGUUUGAUGAUGACAUUCUACAAAUCAACACCAGCCGUAAUAUUCUGGCAAUGGUUCAACCAAUCCUUCAAUGCGAUAGUAAACUAUACGAAUCGCAGUGGUAAGUCUCCAAUUCCAAAAGAAACAUUAAUUCAAAGUUAUAUCAGCGCGACUGGAGGGGCAGUGAUAACGGCCCUAAGUCUGAACAGACUCGCACGACGUGGCCCGGCCUUGGCCGGUCGUCUGGUUCCUUUGGCCGCUGUGGCUGCCGCAAAUUGCGUUAACAUUCCAUUAAUGAGAAUUACCGAACUUCAGAAUGGUAUCGAGUUACAGAAUGAAUCCGGCAUAGAAGUCGGCAAAAGCAAGUCAACGGCUCAAAAAGCGAUCGCAACCGUCACGUUAUCGCGUAUUCUUAUGGCUUCGCCCAGUAUGAUAAUCUCACCAAUCAUAAUGAACUACAUAGAGAAACAAAAUCUAUUACAAAAAGUUAAAUGGGCUUCUGCACCGAUUCAAGUCAUUAUUUGUGGAAUUUGUUUAACGUUUGCGACACCACUCUGUUGUGCUCUUUUCAUUCAACGAGUACCGAUCAGUGUGGACAAACUGGAACUCGUAGUACAAAAAAAGAUACGAUCUCAAGAUCCUGCCAUUCAAACAGUCUACUAUAAUAAAGGCUUAUAAACGAACACGUCUGUAAUUAGGAAUUCAACGAACCGCUACGGAUGGAAACACAACGUCUUAAUUAAAGAUACAUCAAGCCACAAGUAAUACAAAAAUACAUUAUAGAUUAAAUAACUAAUUAUUAGCCGACUCUGGAAGUGAAAAAAUUAUACAGAAGUUUAUACCGUCACUUAUGUAUAUACUAUUCAAAAUUCGAAUUAUUCAAGUUCAAAAAAAUAACAAAGACAAUAAAGAGAAGACUUCAAUAAAUAUAA